AGUUGUCUUCCGGUUGGAUCUACAGCGGCGCCCCAAAUCGCCUUAUGGUUGUUUAGACUUCCAACGGGCUUUUUUUUUCCAAUGUCUGUGGAAAUUUGACUCAUCAAAGCACGAAGAGACAGCGAUCGGGAACCACGGCAGAUUUUCCAUCGUGGAUCUUUUGUCAGAUCUGAGGACACCGGGCUUUCACCGCAAUUUGAAGACACACUUCGUCCCCCCGGCCCUGUGAUACAAGCGUUGUUGCCGUCCUGUGACGAAUUUAUCCUUUCAGCUGUCGGGUGUAAGGAGGAGAGGAAGCAAAGAUGCCGAAACCGAUCAACGUCCGUGUCACCACCAUGGAUGCAGAGCUGGAAUUUGCCAUCCAGCCUAAUACCACAGGAAAACAGCUCUUCGACCAGGUGGUGAAGACAGUGGGCCUGAGGGAAGUCUGGUUCUUUGGCCUACAGUAUGUGGACAGUAAAGGCUAUAUCACCUGGCUCAAACUCAAUAAGAAGGUGACCCAGCAGGAUGUGAAGAAAGAGAACCCUCUGCAGUUUAAGUUCAGAGCCAAAUUCUUCCCCGAGGAUGUCUCAGAGGAGCUAAUCCAGGAGAUCACCCAGAGACUCUUCUUCCUCCAGGUGAAGGAGGCCAUCCUGAACGAUGAGAACUACUGUCCCCCAGAGACAGCUGUGUUACUGGCGUCAUACUCAGUCCAGGCCAAGUAUGGAGACUACAACAAAGAUGUCCACAAGCCUGGCUACCUUACCCAUGACAGACUGCUGCCUCAGAGAGUCCUGGAGCAGCACAAGCUGACCAAGGAGCAGUGGGAGGACAGGAUACAGACUUGGCAUGAAGAACAUAGAGGAAUGCUCAGAGAGGACUCGAUGAUGGAGUAUCUAAAAAUCGCCCAGGAUCUGGAGAUGUACGGCGUCAACUACUUUGAGAUCAAAAACAAGAAGGGCACACAGCUGUGGCUGGGUGUGGACGCCCUAGGCCUCAACAUCUACGAACACGAAGACAAGUUGACACCAAAGAUCGGCUUCCCCUGGAGUGAGAUUCGAAAUAUAUCUUUCAAUGACAAGAAGUUCGUCAUCAAACCUAUCGACAAGAAAGCACCUGACUUUGUGUUUUAUGCCCCACGGCUGCGCAUCAACAAGCGUAUCCUGGCGUUGUGUAUGGGUAACCACGAGUUGUACAUGAGGAGGAGAAAGCCUGACACUAUUGAGGUGCAGCAGAUGAAGGCUCAGGCCCGGGAGGAGAAGCACCACAAACAGAUGGAGAGGGCCCAGCUGGAGAAUGAGAAAAAGAAGCGAGAGCACGCAGAGAAAGAGAAGGAAAGGAUAGAGCGCGAGAAAGAAGAGCUCAUGGAGAGGCUAAGGCAGAUUGAAGAGCAGACGAUGAGAGCUCAGAAAGAGCUGGAAGAACAGACUCGCCGGGCAAUGGAGCUGGAGCAGGAGAGAAAGAGAGCGAGGGAGGAGGCGGAGAGGCUGGAGAGAGAGAGGCAAAUGGCUGAGGAGGCCAAGGCAGAGCUGGCUAAACAGGCCGAAGACCAGCAGAAGAACCAGGAGCAACUGGCUGCAGAGCUGGCUGAGUUCACAGCUAAGAUCACUCUCCUGGAAGACGCCAAGAAGAAGAAGGAAGAUGAGGCCACAGAAUGGCAGCACAAGGUACGGCAUAGACGAGCAUGUGCUUCAUACUAUGGCGUAUGUGUCUUUGUCUUACAUUGUCCGUUUGCAUGUCCCCUCCUGCAGGCUCUGUCAGCCCAGGAGGACUUGGAGAAGACCAAGGAGGAGCUGAAGACCGCCAUGACAGUGGUGCCGGCACCUCCGGGCGGCCACGCUGAGAGCGAGCACGAUGAGCAGGAUGAGAACCACGCAGAGGCCAGCGCCGAGCUGUCCAACGAGGGCGUCAGCCAGCUAGACCUCCGCAGCGAAGAGGCGCGCAUCACUGAAGCCCAAAAGAAUGAGAGGGUCAAGCAACAGCUGCAGACAUUAAGUUCAGAGUUGGCCGAGGCCAGAGACGAGACCAAGAAGACACAGAACGAUGUGCUACACGCCGAGAAUGUGAAAGCAGGCCGAGACAAAUACAAAACGCUGCGCCAGAUUCGACAGGGCAACACGAAGCAGCGCAUCGAUGAAUUUGAGUCCAUGUGAGAACAGGACCUCUCUCCCCUCGGCCCGGUUUCUCUCAGGGGUACCUGUUUCUGAACUUUCCCCUCACAGCGGCUGCUCGAUUUUGAUGGACAACGGAUGCCGCCAUCCUUGUUAUCCAAGUGAGUCCCCCUCGACACACCCAAGCAAGAAAGAGAGGAAUUAUCUUGUCAAACUUUGCCAAAGUCCAGUCCUAAAGUUUGAAGAUCUCCCUGACGCGGAGCCACUGACGCACCACUUUGCACAGGGGAGAAGAGAAACUGUAAAACCAAAAUGGAAGCAAUUGGAUUUUUUUUUUUUGUUAUUUUACGCAAACAUGGCCAUAGAAAGCUACUUUUGUUGUUCGUUUUUUUGUUUUGCUGCACAAGUUAUACGCAAAGCUUUAGUAUGAUUCCAUGUGUUCAGUUAAAGAUUAUCUGUUCUCACUUUGUUUUUAAGUUCUUUUCCUCUGCUUUUGUUUGACUCGUUUUAUUGAUGAUACCCUUAGUUUUAGUUGUCUGUCAAACACAGUGAGGUGUUUGGGAAUAAAUGAGGUCACCAUUUUCAUUCAGUGUCAAAGCGCUGCUAUGUUACAUCACGUCACAACAUUUCACUAAAUAUGCUAAUUCUGUUAGCAUCUAUAAGUCAUUAGAGAGCUGAGCUGAAGUCAUUUCACUCUAUUUAGUCCAUUCAAACUUUUGUGUUCAUUUCACAUUCAUAGGUUUAUAUAAAAUGACGCUGCAGUAUUUUUAAAAGUUUCAUUUGAGGCUGAAUAUCAGGAAAACUACAGGAAAAGCAAUAUUUUCUGACUUUGAUCAAAAUCCUUAUUGUUGAUGAAACUGAAGCUAAUUGAUCCUCGUGGGGGAAAGAGCCACACGACCUGCUGCACGGCGAGUUUUGAAGAACAAAUGUAGCCAAGGUAACAAAGGGAAAAUGUUUUCUACAUGCAGGCGUGAUAGGACAGCAUGUAAUGAGCUUGUGCCACUGAUGUAUUGCCCUUGAGCUUAAAAGUGUUAUGAAGAAAUGCUAAUUGGUAGUUUCUGUAGCCGCGUGUGUGUGUGUGUAUUUUCCUGUUGCAUCCCAGUGUUUUAUUCCCAGUCACCAUAGAUGGUUUUCUCUGCCUACCAGUUCACAAAGGAACCCAGGCUGUUGAAUGGACAGACAGAACAGACAGAUGAGUAAAGUGUCCCAGCAGUUUGUCUGUCUGUCCAAAUGUAUUGAGCGUUAGUGUGUUUGUGUGUGUGUGUGUGUGUGUGUGUGUGUGUGUGUGUGUGUGUGUGUGUGUGUGUGUGUGUGUGUGUGUGUGUGUGUGUGUGUGUGUGUGUGUGUGUGUGUGUGUGUGUGUGUGAAUGUGUGUGAAUGUGUUGUGAGUGUGUGUGAGGUGUGGAAGCUGAGGCCUGGCACCUCUCUGGCUGGGGAGCUUAUGAAAACAUCAGUCCUCAACCCAGGACAAAUCUCUACCUCAGGAAUGUUAGCAGUGGUGACUGACAGUCAAACACACAGGAUGUUGUCCCCUUCCCUUUUGCAAAAAAACAAAAAACAAGGUUAUGAUUGUACUCUGUCGCUGUUACAUCUUUGGGUGGUGCUCCUGGGCAGGCUCCAUUUUGUCAUAGCGUAGCUGCUUUGUAGCUGUUCGCUGGUGAAGUGAGAUCUAGUUUGAGAAGAGUCAUUUCUUACAUUUGAAGCUAGCUUUACUCAGUGGUUCCUCCUUGGUCCUGGCCUUGCUAAGAUGUUUUUGUUCUUAUUCUCACUGACCCCCAGACCCUCCCUCCCCAAAUAUCAUAUUCUUGGGGGCCAUGAGUUGGUGGCAAAAAGACGUCUCUUCUGUGAAUUAAUUAUGGUCUCCAGUGUCUGCUCAAAGUUGUUCUCUCCUCUUAUACAGUUUCACUUUAGAAAGACAGUUUGCAGACCUGCAGUGAAUUGAAGAGAUGAGUUAUUAGUUGUUAAUGUGAAAGGACCUAGAUGUUGAGAUUUAUACCAGGAUAUAACGGAGAAUAGGCCAAUUUCUUCCCCUAAAAUCUUAUUAUAAAUUCUCAUCCAACAAAGUGGCUUGAGCUCAGACAACAAAUAGAUUUUACCUUCUAUGGGGUGCGUUUUUGAAAUGAGAAAACUUUUUUUUAUUAACAAUAUGAUGAAAAAUGUGUAUGGUAUUAUUUGUUACGCUAUGCUUGACAACUGGUGUAAGGUGACAUUUUUUAAUAGUGAAGAGUUUUAAAGUCAAAGCACUUGUAUGGAACAGGACACUGAAGCCUGCCUUUUGUGUUUAACUUCAGUGUCUGUUGUCUGUGUUAUGUUUGCCAUAGCAGGUGAAAAAAAGAUGAGCCUGUGCUACCAGCUCAUAUUUUUGUAUUGUGUUCAAAGAUCCUAAACCAGCAGCACGCAUCGCUGUACUGGACACCUCCACUGGAGGGGAAUCCCCUGUUGACAUGUCCACACCCCCAAACCUUCCACAAUCAGGCUGUAAGGCUUCAGUCAGGCUCCAUCCGGACUCUCCUCUCUAUUCCUGUCCUGACUAUUUUGUUUGUUUAUUGAUGAAUAAAGGCAAUUUUUCAUCCCA